AUGCGGGGCUUGGCCUGCCUCCUUGCAAUACUCGUGGGGACCCAGGCUGUUGAGCGACUCCGCCUGGCUGAUGGUCCCCACGGCUGUGCCGGCCGCCUGGAGGUCUGGUACAGCGGGCGCUGGGGCACCGUGUGUGACGACGGAUGGGACCUCCGGGACGCUGCAGUGGCCUGCCGUGUGUUGGGCUGCGGAGGGGCGCUGGCCGCCCCCGGGGGUGCCUUCUUCGGGGAGGGCACUGGGCCCGUGUGGCUCAGUGAGCUGGCCUGCCGGGGCAGUGAGGGACAGCUGGGCACCUGUCCCCACCGGGGCUGGAAGGCCCAUAUCUGCUCUCAUGAGGAGGACGCAGGCGUCGUCUGUGUAGGUCAGCGUGCAGCUAACUCUAGAGAAGAUUCAACAUCCCUACUGGAUGGGGAUCCGUGGCUGCCACUGUCCGGGGAGCUGAGCCCUAGCUCAGAGGAGCCCCCUGUGACUCAGGCUCCCCAACCAGCAGCAAGCUCCCAGAAUGGCCCUCGCAAGAAGAAUCCCAGGCCACCCAAGCAGGCCAAGUCCACCCGGGCCCCUGUACUGACAAAUGGAGCUCCCCGCCAAGAGCGGCUGCGCCUGGUCUCAGGUCCCCACGGAUGUGCCGGCCGCCUGGAAGUCUGGCACGGUGGACGCUGGGGCACCGUGUGUGAUGAUGGAUGGGACCUCCGAGAUGCAGCUGUGGCUUGUCGGGAGCUGGGAUGUGGGGGGGCGCUGGCCGCCCCUGGGGGUGCCAGGUUCGGACCUGGCUCAGGACCCGUGUGGAUGGAUGACGUAGGGUGUGGAGGAGGAGAGCAGACUCUCCGGGACUGCCCCAGAAGCCCCUGGGGCCGGAGCAACUGUGACCAUACUGAGGAUGCGGGGCUGGUCUGCACUGGUCCUGCACCCAGGCUGCGCCUCUCUGAUGGUCCCCACGGCUGCGCUGGCCGCCUGGAGGUUUGGCACGGUGGUCGCUGGGGGUCGGUGUGUGACGACGCUUGGGAUCUUCGCGAUGCUGCUGUGGCCUGCAGGGAGCUGGGCUGUGGGGGCGCGCUGGCCGCCCCAGGGGGGGCCUUCUUCGGGGAGGGGGCUGGACCCAUCGUCGUGGAUGAUCUCAGAUGUCGGGGGAAUGAGACAGCCUUGCGAUUCUGCCCUGCGAGGCCCUGGGGCCAACAUGACUGUCACCAUCGGGAGGAUGCUGGGGCCGUGUGUGAUGGCAUGCCUCUCGGUGCUGUGCAGCCCACAGCCCCUGCAGUGGACAGCAACACCUCAGCACCCAGGCUUCUGUCUACCUCCGUGGGCCAGACCCCAGGCCCGGCAGGCAGCUGGACUCCGCCUGCUUCUCCCACUGCACCCCCGGAGCCUGGGCCCGAAGCUGGGUCCCCCCAGUUGCGCCUGGUGGCUGGACCCAGCAGGUGCUCUGGCCGGCUGGAGGUAUGGCAUGACGGACGCUGGGGGACGGUUUGUGACGACAGCUGGGACAUGAGAGACUCCGCUGUGGUCUGCCGGGAGCUGGGCUGCGGGGGGCCUCGGCAACCAGACCCCGCAGCAGGCCGCUUCGGCUGGGGCGCCGGCCCCAUCUGGCUGGAUGACGUAGGCUGUGUGGGGACCGAGGCUUCGCUCUCAGAAUGCCCAGCUGCUGCCUGGGGGAAGCACAACUGCGCCCACAAUGAGGAUGUCGGGGUUACCUGCACUGGGACCCCUGGCCUGGAUACCAUCUCAGACCCCUUCAGUUGGAGCUGGCUCCCUGGGCUGGGUAGAGAUCAGGAUGCCUGGCUUCCAGGAGAGCUGGCCACCAAGGCCUCUGCCAGCCUCACCUCCAGUGUGCUAGAGAAAACCACAAAGGCUCCAGGGAAAGCGCCCAAGAGUACCAAGAAGUGGGUGCCUAAAAAUGCAAAAAGACCAACCACCCAACCCCCUGGGAUACCCACUGCUAAACGCUCCAGGGUCCCAGGCACCCCGAGCACCCUAAAUCUAACCCCACGUACCUCUGAGUUACCCAAAAGACUGACCACUGAGGCUCCCCACAGACAGACGUCACAUACCACUGUAAAGGCGACUCCCAGGGUCCCCUGGGUGUGGACCUCAGAGACUGUAGCAUCACUGUCUACUCAAGGCCCCCAAGAAGUGACCUCUGAGGCCACCAUCACACAAAUCCCUCAGGCCUCCUUGGAGCCAUCUGGUGAGAGCCCAGAAGGUUCUCUGGAGUCAUCCCGAGAUCCAGCCCCCUCCCCGUCUGCUGGAGUCUCCGUGCCACCGGGUCCCUUCCGGGUUCGUCUGGCCGAUGGGCCCAACAGGUGUGCUGGCCGGCUGGAGGUGUGGCAUGCUGGACAGUGGGGAACAGUCUGUGAUGACAGCUGGGACCUUCGGGACGCCACAGUCGCCUGCUGGGAACUGGGCUGUGGAAAGGUCCGGCCCCGAGUAGGCAAAACCCACUACGGCCCUGGGACCGGGCCCAUCUGGUUGGAUGACAUGGGCUGUAAGGGGAGUGAGACCUCACUGAGCGACUGCCCCUCGGGCACAUGGGGGAAGCACAAUUGUGACCACGAGGAAGACGUGGUACUCACCUGCACCGGCUACACAGAUGACGAUGAUUACCCCUCCUGGACCUGGGACCCCACUUCAGGAGAGGACCUGACCAAAGGGACCACUGUGGCAGCAUGGCCUGGACAGACUCUCUCCUGGGCUACCACUAGGAACCCUGAAGUCCCCUUUUCAGCAACACAGAGGCUUACGGACACAGAUGACCAGGGUCGUUAUGAGCUCUCCUGGACACGGGAUACGCCUGCACGAAGGGGCCUGUCGCACCUCCACAAAGGGACCCCCACCACAAGCCAACCCAGACCCACUGUCACCAGCGGCACCGGCAAGAGUCCAGGCCACCCCUUUCCGGCUCCGAGAGCCCGUGCAGACACAGGUUCCCCAAGGAAGCCAAAACCCGAGCGCCGGCUGCUGCGGCCCACCCCGGCCAGGACAGCACCCCCCACCUCAUCCCCAGCUUCUGGCUCACGGCUGACCUCUGGCUCCUGGCCACAGCUCAUCCCUGACUCUGCCUCCAAGCCGGAGAGGCCCACAGACCCUCCCGAAACAUCUCCACCCACCCCAGGAAUGCCCUCUCUGACCGUCUCCGACUCCACCUCCUCCAGUUCUGAGGCCAGUUUGCCUCCAACUCCGAUCCCAGAGCACUCCCGCAGCCCCGCACCCGCCUCCCCUAAAGGGCUAACCUCUGACUCCUCUGCGCUCUCCGAAGUGACCAGCCUUCCCCCUACCUCAGAGCUGUCUCCAGAAUCCGACACAACCCCAGACUUGGGCACAACACCCAAAAUAGACCCAGAGAGUUCUGACUCCUCAGACCUCCCCAUGAGCCCCAGGACCCCCACAUUCACAGCCCCUCACCCCACCACCACCUCUAACCCCACCACCGCCCCUGAACCCACCACCGUCCCUCACCCCACCACCGCCCCUGAACCCACCACCGUCCCUCACCCCACCACCGCCCCUGAACCCACCACCGUCCCUCACCCCACCACCAUCCCUCACCCCACCACAACUUCUCACCCUACCAUGACCCCUCAACAUACCACAAACCCUCAGCUUCCCAGGACGCCUCACCCCACCGCCACGCCCCAACCUCCCACCAACCCCCAUAUUUCCUCAGCCCCUGCCACCCCUACAAACUCCCUUCCAUCCUCCCUGGAGACAGAACUUCCCUCUCUCCCUCCAGAACCCAAGGUCAAGCCUAGCCUCCACCCAGAGCUGACCUUGGUGGGAGCCCCUCCCACGGUCACAUCCCCGAUGCAGAACCCGGAGCCUUCUCCAGCCUCCGAGUCUGACCCCUCCGGGCCCUCUCCAGCCCCAAGCGUGGACCCACUAUCCACGGAGGUCUCCAAACCACCCAGAAGCCAGAGCCCCAGACUAACCUCUCCACCUAUCCAGACCCCACACUCAACUUCAGACCCCACUGUGACCCCCGACCUUCACCUCUCCUCUAUGGCCCACCCGUUGGACCAACCUCCCCCUGACCACCUCACUCAAGGGCCAAGCCCUAAUCCCAACCCAGGUCCCCUUGGGCCAUGUGUGUCCCCAGAACCACCCGUGAGGGUCAUGGCCUGCGAGCCACCUGCCUUGGUGGAGCUGGUGGCCGCGGUGAGGGAGGUGGGUGACCAGCUGCAGAGGCUGACUCAGGUCCUGGAACAAGACCGGCGGGACCGUCGAGUCCUGGGGCUGGGCCUAGUCCAGUUGGUGGAGGCUGCUCAGGGCCUGGGGCAGCUGAGUGAGACUGUGAAGAGACUGGCAGAGGUGGCCUGGCCCCCCAGCACGCCUGUGCCCACCACCCCCACCACCACGGAGGAGGAGAGGCCUCUGAGGGGAGACGUGUGACCCACUCUGAAACUCGGGGUGCUUAAGAUCCUCUCAAACAAACACGAGAAAACCAAAGUAUUCUACCAA